AUGGGGCUGUGGACGUUAGGGUAGGUCUUGAGUAUGGAUCAAGUAAACUAGAGUUGGGCUUGAAAAAAACAUAAUUGGAGUUAGGGAUACAGGUAGUACUACUAACAGUUAAAAUAUCAUGUUUUAGAUUCUACGUAUCAUACGUUAAUUAUGGCUUUGCUUACGACAUCGGAGAAAACUUGGCAAACGCUUACAUUGACGUGCCCUUUAAUUUGACAACUACAGUUAAUAUCAUACUAUGUUAUACUUGGGUAAGCCUAACUUAAAUUUUUUUUUUUAUUUUUUAUGUUUUUUUGAAAAUUUCGUUUUAAAAACCAUUUUGACAAUUUUUUAUUUUUUGAUUUUUAAGUCUUUGCCAAUGUACGAAAAACGAACCGUCUCUCGGUUGUUCCUCAAAACAAACAGGAGAAAAGAAAACAACAAGAGUUGCUUUUAG